AUGCGCAUUAUAUCAUCUACAUGGUGCGUGAUGCUGUUGCUGCUGGCGAUUGCGGUUACCGCGUCGCAUGAGCCGCGCUUCCACGUGCGUCCCCCCACCAAUUGGGUCGGCGGCCCCAGCGGGCUUUUCUAUGACCUCGACACAGAGCAGAUGCACCUGUACAUGCAGUACAACCCGUACGACUCGGUGGAGGGUAAUCCAAGUUGGUACCACUUCACCUCGACGGAUUAUUUGAAGUGGCAGGAUCAAGGCAUUGCACUAAAGAACGAUAAUGAAUACGAUCGCAGAGGUGCGUACAGUGGAUCCAUCACGCAACAUGAUGGGAUACCCGUGCUGAUGUAUACAUGUGCUGCAGAUGGUGACGUGCAGCAACAAUGCAUUGCUUUACCACCCGAAGAAGAUGUUCAAUCUGGUGGCCAACGUUCGCUCAACUCGUUUGUUAAGCUUCCCACAAAUCCCGUGGUGACAGGGGAUGAUGUGCCUGGCCUUGUUGGACCGAACUACUUUCGUGACCCCACGAACUUCUGGGAGAACCCUGAUUACUCAUCAGAGUGGCUGGUUGGUUUUGCAGCCAAUGCUUAUGAUGACUAUGAUACACCUGUAUCGAAGGUUGUUCUUUUCAGUACCGGUGAUCCCAACUUUACUUCAGACUUCCAACACUCACAUGACCUUUGGUAUGAUGCCUUGGAUCUGAGCGACAGGCUUGAACAUCCAGACUUUUUCGCAAUAGAAGGCGAAUACUAUUUGAAGUUGUCAACAAUGGCCAGUGGUCAAGACUACUGGGUGUAUGGUAACUACUGGGAGAAUAGUGCAGGUGAUACGGUCUUUGAAGAGGACGAAUAUCACAGCCGGACAUUCAUCGACUACGGCAGAUGGUAUGCAUCCAAGCACCAUUAUGAUAUCAUUCAAGGUCUCACUGUAAUGUGGGGUUGGAUCCCUGAAGAGGACACGGAAGCAGCAAUGAAGACUCGUGGGUGGUCUGGUGCAAUGGACAUGCCUCGUAACGUCGAGUACGAUGCUACUGCCCAAAAGUUAAAAACCUACCCCCUGCCGGAGCUCGCCAAGUUGCGUCUCUCUAAUACAACGAGUGAUGUUGAAAUCGGGGUGAAUGAGGUAAAAGUGUAUAACGCCAACGCCCCGCUGCACUAUGAAAUGGUGGUGGAUUUUGAAAUACCUGAGGGAUUCACCAACAAACCAGCGGGGAACACAGACACCGUUCCAUCCUUUGGUGUUCUCGUACGCUACAAGGAUAGCAACACAUAUACUCGAUUCGCUGUGACGAUGCCUCCGACUGCAAAUAUGGGUGCGGGUUUUGACCAAAAAGGAAGGGUGUUGGCCGUGUACGUGGUUUCAAAACAAGCGACUUGCGCUGUACAGUGCCAAUCAGAUCGUCGUUGUGUCGCAUGGACGGUGGUAAAUGCAACAGAAGACCCGUCGAGGUGGAGCUGUACACUUAUGAGUACCUAUGGUGACGUUGUUGCCGCUAAUAACUCUGCCACGACAGGUCGUGUGUGGGAACCUAUUCUGCUUCUGGACCGAAGCAAAUCCGGCACGACUGGAUUCAACGAAACCUGGACCGGCCGAGCUCCUCUCGUUGGAAAUGGCACAAGGGUACAGCUGCGAGUAUUUGUGGAUGACACCAUCGUUCAGGUCUUCAAGGAUGGUGGCCUGGAGUCGCUGACGGGUCGUGUUUACGUUCCCAAUAACUAUACUGGAGUUGCCCUCUUCUCCUCUAAUAUAAACUCACCACUCUCGGCCAAAGUCUCUUUCUACGAGAUGGAUACUGUACAUGAAUCGGAUGGGGAUGCAGCGUGGCAUACAGCAGGAUCACACGUUAUUAAAGUAAUGGUUUUGGCAGUUACUCUUCACACCGUAUUGCCGCUGCUUCUUUUUUGA